CAUAACAGAAAGGUUUUAGAGAAAACAAAAGAAAAAAGAAGCUGCUCUGCGUUGCGGUUUCACGGUACACUAAUGGGGGCUGCGGACACGGAGUUGUUAACGGCGGCGGAGCAGCCACGAAAGGUACCGCGGCCAGGUAAAGGAGGAUACUCAGGUCACGGCCUGAGCGAAGAAGAAGCGCGCGUGCGCGCAAUCUCUGAGAUCGUGAGCUCCAUGGUUGAGCUCUCACGUAAGGGACAGAACGUCGACCUCAACGCGCUCAAGUCUAGCGCGUGUCGCAAGUACGGACUCGCACGCGCUCCGAAGCUCGUGGAGAUGAUUGCUGCACUCCCUGACUCCGAGCGCGAUGCGCUCCUCCCUAAGCUUAGGGCGAAACCGGUUCGAACCGCCUCUGGAAUCGCGGUGGUGGCGGUUAUGUCGAAGCCGCAUCGGUGCCCGCACAUCGCGACCACCGGAAACAUAUGCGUUUACUGUCCCGGAGGACCUGACUCCGAUUUUGAGUACAGUACUCAGUCUUACACUGGUUAUGAACCGACUAGUAUGCGUGCAAUUCGAGCGAGGUAUAACCCAUAUGUCCAAGCAAGAAGCAGGAUAGAUCAGCUUAAGCGUUUGGGUCACAGUGUAGACAAGGUUUAUACUUGAAUUUUUUCCCCUUAAUAUCCAUAGGGCUGAAAUAUGGUACUUUUAAGGAAUCUUCAUGAUGCUUUGUCUGGACAUACUUCUGCCAAUGUAGAAGAAGCGGUUGCAUACUCUGAGCACAGUGCAACUAAGUGUAUUGGCAUGACAAUUGAGACAAGGCCAGAUUAUUGUCUUGGGCCUCACUUGCGGCAAAUGCUUUCCUAUGGUUGUACACGGUUGGAAAUUGGAGUCCAAAGCACCUACGAGGAUGUUGCUCGAGACACUAACAGAGGGCAUACAGUAGCUGCUGUGGCUGAUUGUUUUUGCUUGGCAAAAGAUGCUGGUUUCAAGGUUGUUGCUCACAUGAUGCCUGAUCUUCCUAAUGUUGGUGUUGAAAGGGACAUGGAAAGUUUCCGGGAGUUUUUUGAGAGCCCCUCAUUUAGAGCAGAUGGGCUUAAAAUAUAUCCUACACUUGUAAUACGUGGAACUGGACUUUAUGAGCUCUGGAAAACUGGGAGGUAUAGAAAUUAUCCACCUGAGCAACUUGUGGAUAUCAUAGCUAGGAUUCUUGCUAUGGUGCCACCUUGGACACGUGUUUAUAGAGUUCAACGGGAUAUUCCCAUGCCUCUGGUUACAUCUGGGGUUGAGAAAGGAAAUCUGAGAGAGCUAGCAUUAGCUCGAAUGGAAGACCUGGGAUUGAAAUGUCGCGACGUUCGGACCAGAGAAGCUGGAAUCCAGGUUAUUAUAUAGAAUCAGUCUUGUUUGAGAAUUUUAUGUAAUAGAGUACUAAGCUUUUGAAAGUUCUAUAGACACAAUUAUGUCUGUAAUAAUCUCUUCAUGUAAUUUGCUCCUGCUGCUGAAAUGUAGUAAUGAUCUUUUUUGUACUCUCUGAAACAGGAUAUCCUUGUUGGUCUUCUACGACUGCGAAAAUGUGGCCGAAACAUUACUUGCCCAGAGCUUAUGGGCAAGUGUUCUAUUGUUCGUGAACUUCAUGUUUAUGGAACUGCUGUACCAGUUCAUGGGAGGGAUGCUGACAAGCUACAACACCAGGGUUAUGGUACGCUUCUAAUGGAGGAGGCAGAGCGUAUUGCUUUAAGAGAACACCGAUCAACAAAAACAGCUGUUAUUUCAGGGGUUGGCACCCGCCAUUAUUACAGGAAACUGGGAUAUGAGCUUGAAGGGCCUUACAUGGUUAAAUAUCUAGUAUAAUUUAAUCACUAGUAAUAGCUAUUUGUUAAUGUAAUUUUGUAGCAUAGCAUGUGUUAAAUGAUAAUGUGUUAUAUGCCUAUUGUAAUGCCCUCACUAGUCCAUAAAGGUUCCCUACCUCCCUUGCCCUACUUUUUCAUAGCAAAUUUUGAAAAUUAAGAAACUACUUUUUUUUAGUUCACUAUAUUUUUUGGAAAUUUAAUAGAUUGUUUGGUUUCUUUAA